AUGUUCGUGGAUAUGGAUGAAUCAGUGAAAGGAAAUGUCGUAUUUGGAGACUCCUCAAAGGUUCCUAUCAAAGGUAGAGGAACUAUACACAUCGGGCUCAAGAAUGGAUCACAACAAUCUAUCAAUAAUGUGUACUAUGUCCCAGACAUGACUAGUAACAUCCUGAGUUUGGGUCAGUUGAUGGAGAAAAAUUAUGAAGUUCAUAUGGUGAAUCGUCAAUUGGAGCUGUUAAAUGAGAAGAAGCAGUUGUUGGCCAGAGUCCCAAUGUCGAGAAACAGAAUGUUCACGCUGAACAUUCAAACUGAAAUGGCAAAGUUGAAAGCAUGUGUGAAGGACAAUACAUGGCUAUGGAAUCUGAGGUAUGGCCAUCUAAAUUUUGGAGGCCUGAAGUUGCUCGAUCAGAAGAAGAUGGUGCAUGGUCUGCCAGUGAUCAAUCAUCCAGACCAAUUGUGUGAAGGAUGCUUAGUUGGAAAGCAAUUCAGGGCAAGUUUCCCGAAGGAGUCCCUGUCACGAGCUAAAGCACCACUUGAGCUCGUCCAUUCAGAUCAUUGUGGACCGAUCACCCCAACAUCGUUCGGGAAGAACAAAUACUUCCUAUUGUUCAUUGAUGACUACAGUAGAAAGACAUGA